AACUUCACUAAUCGGGUUUUGUCGGUCCGGUCUCCAAGCGACUCCGAACUUCCAGGCUCAAGCGCAGCGAGGGCGCUCAAAAGGAAAUGGGAUCCGCAGUACAACAUGCACCUUGCCCACGAUGAGUUUUACGAGGGGUGGCUCGUUGGUUGCCGGUGUCUUCUUAAAUGUAGGCAGUCUCGGUGGCUUUUUCGUGACAGCAGACACAGCCUCCCUGCGUUCCAAGCUCUCCGGUCUAGGGAUUGAUGCCGUCUUUCCUGGCGAUCAAAAUUAUGAGAAGUUUUCGAAUUCCUUUAACAGAAGAUUGUCCUACAAGCCGGCAGCUAUCGUAUUUCCUAACAACACCAACGCGGUGGCAAGUGCAGUGAAACUGGGUGUUGAAGAGAAGUUACCUCUCUCCCCUCGCUCUGGUGGCCAUUCGUACGCUGCCUAUGGUUUAGGCGGAACAGAUGGAACUCUGGUCAUUGAUCUCCAACGAAUCAACUCGAUUUCUGUUGAUGGUUCCACCGGGGAAGCCGUGAUUGGUGCUGGGAUUAGACUCGGGGACAUUGCUGUUGCUUUGAAUGCUCAGGGUGGUAGAGCUUUGCCGCAUGGACUGUGUCCUUACGUUGGUUUAGGUGGUCAUGCCGCAUUUGGAGGCUACGGGUUCACUAGUCGACAGUGGGGCUUAACAUUAGAUAGAAUUGUUAGCCACGAGGUUGUUUUGGCAGAUGGUUCCAUAGUCACUACUUCAAACACUGCCCACCCUGAUCUUUUUUGGGCUCUUAGAGGUGCCGGGGGGUCCUACGGAAUCAUGACCGCGAUUCGUUUCCGAACCGAGCCGGCUCCCAAGGAAGCUACCAACUUUGGUAUCCGAUGGAAUAUGAACGAGGAAGAUUUUGCUCAGACUUUGAUUAAGUUUCAAACGUUUUGUAUGUCAGACGUACCUGCUCAACUCGGCAUAACUGUCAACCUUCGAAAGAGCAAACAAAGUGGCAAGUUGCUCUUCGACUUUGCCGGAGCUUGGUAUGGCGAGGGCAGCGCAUUCGCUGGUGCGGUCCAACCGUUCUUGUCCCAGAUGCCUGCUCCCACCGCUACCUCAGCGAAGACGACGGAUUGGAUCACCGGCUUAUCAUCAAUAAUUGGCGACGCGACUCUCUCCACAGCAAAUGUGGACCUCACAGAAGAAUACGACACGUUCUACGCUAAGAGUUUAACAACCCCUCAAUCUACCCCGCUAUCCAACUCGUCUAUGGCUGCCUUUGCCAAAGUGCUGGCCAAUCAGGGACUCCAAUCAAGCACUGACUGGUUCGUGCAAUUUGAGCUUUAUGGUGGUAAAAAUUCCGCGGUGACUGCCGUGGGAGCAGACGAAACGGCUUUUGCCCAGCGGUCAAUCUUAUUCACCAUCCAAUCACCACUCCACCCUCACAAACAAGUUUUACGCCCGGUCCAGUAA